ACGGCCACUACUGCUAUUCACAUGAGCAGAUGACAGAGGUGGUAUUUUACGAGGUGGCUAAUUCGUAUGCAUUCAUACGACUUCGUACGAAUUCGUACAAUUUGUCUAAACCCCAGUGACGGUUUGGUUUUGUGGCGGGGUUUGGGGUAGGCCAUUCGUAUGAAUUCAGACGAAUUUGUCAACUCGUAAAAUACGUACGAUUUCGCAAAAAACGUAUGAAUUCGUAGGAGUGAGGUCGUAGAAACUUAAGAGUUAAAGUUAACACUUUACCCUGCAAACCUACGAGACUGGAGCUUCUGCGCGUGAUAGACUUUUGAUGAACACACCCUCAUUUAAUAGUUUGUUCCUUGAACAAAUAACAUCUGUCAAGAUAUUCAGAGAAAGCUAUUACAAAUAGAAUAUGGUGCUGCUGUACAGAAUGUUUUGGUUAAAGGGAAUGACUUUCCAAGAACAGUGCCUGAAUCACAUUUUAUAUACAAAAAAGGCUACUAUAUAGCCGACUUGAAACUAGACUACUUUUUUUGUAACAACGAUUGUUUUUGCUUAAAUCUUGCUUUAAAAUAGACCUAUAUUCAUUCAAUAAUACAUAGGCUAACUUGCCUGGUUAAAUACAAAAAAAAAAAAAAAUCUCUUUUUGUAUUCUGAAAUUUAACAAUUUUGCAUCACCAAACCCCACCAUCCAGAAAUUUCAUCAAAUUCAAACAUCAAUAUUAUUAACAGGCUAAGAGCACACAACAGUACUUUUGCAUCUGUUCUGGAGAGAAAUGCACGAGCGAUUGCGUUCUCCCACACAGAUGGGCUCAGGGCACUUUGAGUGCACUGACCUCCGAUCUGUGAUGUUUGAAAGCUUGAUGUUGGCACGAGGCCCGGGUAUUUGAGCGAAUCACUGGACUAGAAUAAAGGCAUUGAAGAGAGCAAAGCCUCGCUUCUCGAAACCCGCCUUCCCGGGAGCUCCCAUUUUCCCAAGUCCUUUCAAACUCCCACCGCAGCUCUCCUCCGGCUCCAGGUCCAAAUCCAAAUCCAAAUCCACAUCCGCACUCAUUCCCGUCAUGAAUUCCCCGUGGACAUGUUUACUUAUGUUCAGUCUUCGGAUUUUAUUGACGAUCGCAUUGAAAGUGGAUUUAAACUAUCACACAAAUCCAGGAGAAAGUGAUGAAGUUGACUACAAGGACCCAUGCAAAGCUGCUGCUUUUCUAGGGGACAUUGCCUUAGAUGAGGAGGACUUGCGCUUGCUUAAAGCGAACUAUAUGGAUGCUAAAGAGAAUGACUCUUCUAACUUCUCUAUACCUGAUUCAGCAAACAGAUCCUCAGCUAAUAGCAAUGCAAAAGACGACCCAGUGUUGGCCAAUCAAAGCUUCCUACGCAGAAGGAGAGCAGCCACAGCCAGACCUGAGAGAGUUUGGCCUGAUGGCAUAAUACCCUAUAUUAUUAGUGGCAACUUUAGUGGCAGCCAGAGAGCAAUUUUCAAGCAAGCCAUGCGUCACUGGGAGAAACACACUUGCGUGACCUUCAUGGAAAGAAGCACGGAGGAGAGCUACAUCGUCUUUACCAUCCGGCCAUGUGGGUGCUGCUCAUUUGUCGGGCGGAGGGGUGGAGGUCCACAGGCCAUAUCUAUCGGGAAGAACUGUGACAAGUUUGGCAUCGUGGUGCAUGAACUCGGACAUGUCAUUGGAUUCUGGCACGAGCACACACGACCCGACCGGGACGAACACGUUGAUAUAUUUCGAGAAAACAUCCAGCCAGGUCAGGAGUACAAUUUCAUAAAGAUGGAGUCAGAUGAUGUGGAUUCACUCGGGGAGGUUUACGACUUUGACAGUAUCAUGCAUUACGCCAGAAACACCUUUUCCAGGGGCAUCUAUCUUGAUACCAUGCUGCCAAGGUAUGAGGUUGAUGGAGUCCGGCCUCCCAUCGGACAGCGGACGAGACUGAGCAAAGGGGACAUCGCUCAAGCAAGAAAAUUAUACAAGUGUCCAAGAUGUGGUGAGAGCCUUCAGGACAGCACUGGAAACUUCUCCUCCCCUGGGUUCCCUAACGGAUACGCCGCAUAUCUUCACUGUAUAUGGAGGAUAUCGGUCACGCCUGGGGAGAAGAUCAUUCUUAAUUUUACCUCAAUGGAUCUGUACAGAAGUCACUUGUGCUGGUACGACCAUGUGGAGAUCCGGGAUGGAUACUGGAGAGAUGCUCCUUUAAAAGGCCGUUUUUGUGGAGACCAGCUACCCGAGGCCAUCGUCUCCACUGACAGUCGACUGUGGAUUGAAUUCCGCAGCAGCAGUAAUUGGGUGGGGAAAGGCUUCUCUGCUGUUUAUGAAGCUAUUUGUGGAGGGGAAGUGAGAAGAGACAGUGGACAGAUCGAGUCACCCAAUUACCCUGACGACUAUCGCCCUAAUAAAGUUUGCACAUGGAAGAUCAUCGUACCCCAGGGGUUUCAUGUGGGCCUCAUCUUCCAGUCAUUUGAGAUUGAGAAACAUGACAACUGUGCUUAUGACUACCUGGAAGUGCGAGACGGCGAUUCUGAGAGCAGUUCUCUACUGGGCCGUUUCUGUGGCUAUGAAAAGCCAGAUGAUGUCAAAAGCAGCUCCAACCAGCUGUGGAUGAAAUUUGUAUCGGACGGUUCUGUUAACAAAGCUGGGUUCGCAGCUAAUUUCUUUAAAGAGAUAGACGAAUGCUCUAGGCCUGAUAACGGGCACUGUGAGCAGCGCUGUAUCAACACCCUGGGCAGCUACCACUGCGCCUGCGACCCUGGUUACGAACUCGCCCCGGACCGCCGCAGCUGCGCAGCAGCUGCCUGUGGAGGAUUCAUCUCCAAACUCAACGGCUCCUUUACUAGUCCAGGAUGGCCGCAGGAAUACCCGCCCAACAAGAACUGCGUGUGGCAGCUCAUUGCACCCGUACAGUACCGCAUCACGCUGCUUUUUGAUAAUUUUGAGAUCGAGGGGAACGAUGUUUGUAAAUAUGAUUAUGUUGAGGUACACAGUGGUUUGUCCACUGACACAAAGCUUCAUGGGAAGUUCUGUGGCACAGAGAAACCAGAGGCGAUCACGUCCCAGCUCAACAGUAUGCGUGUUGAGUUCAAAUCAGACAACACUGUGUCUAAGAGAGGCUUCAAAGCUCAGUUCUUUUCUGACAUGGAUGAGUGUUCUAGGGAGAAUGGAGGUUGCCAGCAUGAGUGUGUUAACACGUUUGGGAGCUACAGCUGUCAGUGUCGCAGCGGCUUUGUGUUGCACACCAAUAAACACGACUGCAAAGAAGUGGGCUGUGAUCAAGCCAUUACCAGUGUGUCCGGUAUCAUCACAAGUCCAAACUGGCCGGAUAAAUACCCCAGCAAGAAGGCCUGCACAUGGACCCUAUCCACGACCCCAGGCCAUCGCAUUAAACUUGCUUUUGAAGAGAUUGACAUGGAGGCUCAUCAGGAGUGCACAUACGACCACUUGGAGAUAUACGACGGCCAAAAUGGCAAAGCGACCAGUUUCGGACGCUUUUGUGGGAGCAAAAAGCCAUUGCCGGUCAUUUCCAGUGGUAACGCUAUGUUCCUGCGGUUCUUCUCGGAUAACUCGGUACAGAAAAGGGGUUUUAAGGCCUCUCAUUCAGCAGAGUGUGGCGGUAGUCUGAAGGCAGAGAUUAAGACCAAGGAUCUGUAUUCCCACGCUCAGUUUGGUGAUAACAACUAUCCCGGAGCUUCAGACUGCCAAUGGGUGAUCUCAGCGGAAAAGGGCUAUGGGGUGGAGCUCAUCUUCCACACAUUUGAGAUUGAAGAGGAAGCUGAUUGCGGCUAUGAUUACGUGGAGCUGUUUGAUGGUGCUGAUGUCAAAGCACCCAGGCUGGGACGCUACUGUGGGUCUGGGCCACCAGAGGAGAUCUACUCAGCUGGUGAUGCCAUUGUCAUCAAGUUUCAUUCAGACGACACCAUCAACAAGAAAGGUUUCCAUGUUCGGUACACAAGCACCAAGUUCCAGGACACCCUGCACACUAGUAAGUGAGUUCCUCAUGAGAGAAGAGCUCCAGAGAACAUUGCAGCCAGGGGCCUCAGAUGCCUCCCGUGCACCAGUAUUAGUGAUGCCACUCGGGGCCCUUGUUCCCUCCACUCCAACUGCAAAGAGGAAGUCUUCAUGGUGCCAAACACAUAUGUAGCCUUUCAGCUAUAAGAAGCAGAGAGGAAAAGCUUGAUGUAGGGAUAUGGCAACAAUUUUUGCCCUGUCGUACUUCAAAGGAUCAAUUGAAAACUCCACAGGAAAUGGAACAUCAGAUUGGUAGAUAUAAUCAGUAUGAAGAGCUUUGUUGUUUGCAAGUCAAGGAGGAAGAAUUAAUUGGAUUCAGAAUUUCCCAGAUGCACUUUGUUCUAAGGCUAGCAUCUAAAAUACAUUUAGAUGAUUGUUUUAUUAUUAAAAAAAUCAUAAUUCUUUAUUGCCACACAUCUAGGUUGGUGAUAAUUGAGUUUGGAAAUGUAUAAAAUAUCAUUCAAUGAUAAUUACGAGGAUUAUAUUUUUUUUGUAAAGAGCAGUUCUAGCACUGUUCCUUACAUGAGAGUUGUACAUGAUAAUUCAGACUGCUAGACUUAGAAUUAUAUUAGUAGAAAUAGAUCUGGUGCAACUUUACCCACUCACAAGGUGCAUGGAAUAAAUCAUCAAAGCAACAAAGAGGGAUUCAGCAACACUUGUGAUGAGAGGAACAUUGUGUGUCAAUGAAUACCGACACAUUGAGAGCCUUCCCUUAGACUUAAAUUAUUUGACAUGAAAUUGUCCAUCUGAAGAAAUGUUAAUGUGACUAAUAAACAUUAUUUGAGAGGACAUUAUUUGAAGUUUUUUAUUACUCUUUUGCCUUUGUGUAUAAAAUUUGUUUGUAUAAAACGAGCUAGGAUCAUCAAUGAGUAGUGUCUGAUUUAGAGAACAACCUUUAACAGAAAUCAUGAUCUUUUAAAACUAUAGGCUACUAGUUUUUAAAUGUUUUUGUUUAUUAUGGUAAUCCCAAGGUUUUUAACUAUUACAGCCUUUGUGUAAUCUGCAGAGAGCCAACCUGGCUAAAAACCUUUUCUGGUCUCUCUAGCCUGGUCAGGCUUGUCUUUUGGCUUAUUUUAUAGAUAUUUUGGACACUUUUCAGUUGGUCAGGCCCAUAGACAUUAAAAAAAAAAUCAGGCCAUUUCAUAUUCAAUAUAGCACGGCCUCAAGUGCAUUUGUUGUUAUAUGGUACAUUUAAUACAUUUUAUUCAGCAGACAUCCUUAAAUGAUAUCCGUCCGCUGGAAGAUAGUCCCUCACAGUUGUAGCCCACGUAAACAAUUUAUGUUUUUCUAUGUGCACUGAGUAGUAAUGCUUGCAAAACUAGACUGACUUCAUGUCGUACAUUUUAGUACAUCUGGAAUACUGUAUUAUUGUAUCAAUUAUCCAGAACACCGUAAGUAUUCUUUUUUGGAUUUAUUUAAAGCCGUAUGACACACUUUGUGUUUUUCACCCAGUAAUUAUAGGGUCUUUUAUUACCACAUAUAACCAUGUAGCUAAGUGGCAGGCCUACCCCACAGGGCAAAAUAAAAUCAGAUCGGUUUUUCAUUGUGUGUAAGUUUAAAUUACAUCAUGACUCAUGCCACUUGUUGGUUAAGUCAUUGUGUCUAAUAAUUAUGAAGGUGGAAAACGAGAUUUGGCGGAGGCCUAAUUAUUUUUAAUUAUGCUGUAGUUCCCAGAAAACUAGACGGAGAGUCAGCGUUCUGUCACUGUGUGUUUCCUUAACGGAACAAGAGUACAAUUACACCUCCUUGCGGUUAG